CCCGCUCUCUCUACACGCAUCUGCCCCCGUAUAUAAAUACAGAGCUCCAUUCCAAAUCCACCACACCACAACCCCCUAUACUCUCUCUCUCUCUCUCUAAAUCUCUCUCUAAAAUGCAAGAAGCACUCCCUUACAAGACCUGGCAACCAAUCCCCCACCAAACUUUCCUGACCCGAUCACCCAAACCCAACCCAAUUCCAGUCGACGCAAAAUCCGUUACGAAACCGUUAAAUCUCAACGGAUCAGUUGGAUCAGCUACGAACAAAUCCCCGACCGCCGACGUCCGGAACAUGGUGUCGGAAAACGCUGUGAUAGUGUUCGGGAAACGCGGGUGCUGCAUGAGCCACGUGGUCAAGCGCCUGCUCCAGGGCCUGGGCGUGAAUCCCGUGGUGUUCGAAAUCGAGGAAAGCGACGAGAACGGUGUCGUUGAUGAAUUGGAGGCGGCGAUCGGCGGCGGCGGCGGCGAAGAGGGCGGGCGGCGGUUGCAGUUUCCGGCGGUGUUUAUCGGAGGGGAGUUGUUCGGAGGGUUGGAUCGGAUUAUGGCGACCCAUAUUACCGGAGAGUUGAUCCCGGUGUUGAAAAAAGCUGGCGCGUUAUGGCUUUGAUUAUUGAUUAUAAAGUUUUUUUUUUUUCAGAUUAUAAAGCUUUUUUUUGUUAGUAGUGAUUUGUUUAUCAUUUUUUUUUUUGCUGUUUUCCUGACCUUUCUUUCUCAAGCUGGGAAUGAUUUUUGACUUUUAUAUUUUGAUGUUAAAAGAGAUGUGACGUGGAUUUGUAUAUAAAAAAAAGUUUCAUUUUUGUUCAA